AUGGGUCUAGAACACCCGCUGCUCCAGGAGAGAGGUGAAAUACUCCAGAGGCCACAAACUCAGCAGGGGAACUCCAGGCAGCACAAAGAACGGCUCUUGGGGUUCAUCCUGGAUAGAGUGAAAGGUGCCCCACUGGGAGAUGGGGCCAUUCGGCUGACAGGUUAUCACCAGAAAACCGGUCAGGUAACCUUCCAGGAUGUUAUACUUCAGGAGGACAUGAUCCUGGUUGCUCGCUUUUACCACUGGCCCAGUGGGAGGACAGCAUCCACCCCGUGGGACAAAGGAUUGAAGUCUCAGUAUCAGCCACUACUGGAGAGCGAAAAAUGGCUAGCUGCCUGGACUGUGGUCAGACUGACUAAGCUGUCUGAAUCCUGUAAAGUGAUGGUUGCCGGUGCAAUGAAAGAAGGACAUGGAAUUCCUCUGUGGAACACAGGGACCCAUACACUGACUCUGUUCCAUGCUCCUGUGCCACCUGUAUCAGCCUUGUCAGUGAUGUCAGCAGAACAGAAGCACCAGGACUACAAGAUGUAUGGCGAUGCUACCUUGAGGCUGCACAUCUUCAGCACCCAGAAACCUGAGCUGCCCUUCCCACCAGAGUCACCAUCUGCACUUGAUUCUGUAAAAAUGUGGCCCCGUGAAGCUUUUAUUCAUCAUGUUAGGGAGAUACCUUCUAUAGAGCCCUUCGGUCCUGGUGAUGGCUUUGACCUGUACAUCGAUGGAGCCCGCUUCCUGCCUGAUGAUGUUACUAUUAUAUAUCUUCCGCUUCCUUUCAGAAUUGGUCCAGACAUUUACACUGGAAUUGACUUGAAUAGCAGCAUCUUUGACCCAAUUUACAACUACUCAAUCGAAAUCCGAGAGCCAGCGAUACCACCUUGCGCAACUCUCCUAUUGAAGGUUUAUUCCAUUGAUCGCUCAAGUUCCAGUCUCAUCCAGAUUGGCUGGGCAGCGCUCAACCUUUUUGUGGAAUCUGGAACAUACACAGCGCUUGAACCAGGGGCCAAGGGGAGCCAGGUCUCUCUAAAUGAUGGUGCUCACCAGCUUCGUAUUUUUCACAACAGUCCUUGUCCAGCCCAGCCCUUCUCUACCAGUACUCUGACUUCAAUAGGACGGUAUGUGCCCUGUGCAACCCUAUUGGUGAGACUUCUCAAGGCUCCUGUGGAUUCCAGUCAUCAAACACUGCAAAGAAACAUGGUCUCCAAGACAAACUGGGUCAAAUUAGGCCUUUUCCAGCCCAGACCUGAAUAUUUUGAUGGAGUCUAUUACUCUGACUCCGCCAAGCCUACAACAGGAGAAAGUUGUCUCUAUGAAGCCAUGGCAAACAGGUCAGUUGUUUCAGUCCGGGAAUGUGUUCACCAGCUUACUGGACAUAGUAAGAACCGAAGUACAGAUGAUGAAAUCUCCACUUGGAUCCACAAGAAACUAACACGUGUACCAGGCAGCAGUCCGCAACCUUUCAACCUCACUUACGUUUCAAGAUACAUCCCAACCUAUGGCAUCAAGUUUGCAGUGGAAAGAGCCAUGAAUUUACCCUGGCCUGGUUUGACAAUGGUCCAUUUUUGCUUCAAUCCACCUGGGGCAUUUUACUUUGGGAGCCAAUGGCUGAAGUAUGAUUACCCCAUCUUUGUUGAGGAGCUUGAUAUAAAUAGCUACCAACAUUGUCCUGCAUGGCUUGAUGGCUUCAAGGCUUGUCCCCACAGAGCUUACCAUGAAUAUUCAACUGUUAUAAUCCACCUAUAUGAACAUGUGGUGGUGAAUCCAGCCAGAGAUGCUUUGGAUGAAAAGGAAAAUGUCCAAGCAGCACAGAGAAGAGCAAUGCUGAAGGGGGAACGGUUAAGUUACCCUCUGGAAAGUCAGGCAUGGACUGUUCUCCAUGUGUUCUCUAGAGGUUACUGCAACACUGGGAUUUACCAGCUGCCCUUAUACAAGGGGGCUCCCAGCCAGAUCAUGUUGGCUUCCUUAUCCCAAGGGAAAUGCAGCAGCAUUAUGAAGAGCAUGCUCCAUAAGAAAGUGAUUCAGUUGGUGCCAGGUGCAUCUGUGAUUGUGUGUAUAGCUGAUGGGAGAUGGAAUGAAAAAUUCAGAUAUUCAUUGUUGGACAUUGAUCAAUCCUAUCUGCCAAAAAAAGCACUAGAUCUGUACAACAAGGAAUCCUCUGGAGUAAAAAUUGCAGAAUUAAUGCCACAGACAGCAUCACAAAAACAGACAAAGCUGUUGACUUUGGAACAAAUUUAAAGAGAAGCCAAAAGACACGUCAUACACUGGAAGACCCAUUAGAACUAUUGCAGAAGCGCACUAGCAUAGUUUGCAAAGAUCUUGCAGCCUGAAAUGGAGGUUACUGUCUCAAAGCUAUCCAUAUCAAAGGGUCUACAAUCCCAUGAAUAUUGUCAUCACAGCAACCAAGAAUCCUGGCAGUAAAUGGGGGUGAAAUAUCUUGUCAAGAGAUGCCAUGGUAUCUUGGUUUUUAAUUGGCCAUCUUCCCUAUUAAUAGCUAAACUAGAUUGCUAAGCAAGGCUUUGCUCCUGUAUAACUCAUCCUGGUACAGCCCUCCAUUACACUGAUUAGGAAUGGAUUUCCUAAACCUCCUGUAUACUUCCCAUAAAAUGGAUUAGUUCUAGCUUCCCUGCAUGCCACCGGAUGCACUGGCCUGUUUCCUCAACAGAAUUCUACUCCAACCCCUUCUUCAGUCUCUACUCUUCUCCUUACAGGUGUCCUCUACAGCAGCACGUAUGUAAUUAGCCUCUUACUCCAGAACUGCAUCAACUUUCAGGACUAAUUAAAGAACAAAAAUUGGUCUCAUUUGUAAACAGAUCAGCUGUAGGAAAAGGAAUUUAGUGUGUUGGAUUGGACUUUCAGGAAAGGAUGUUAUUUAGAACUAAAAAAGGCUAAUGGUGAAAAAUAUUCAUUAUACACAAAUGAUGUCCUGUGCCAGGAUGGGUGCAAAGAGCCUGCAUAUGCCAUGAGAGCUGCAAAACCCAGGACUGGAUUGGAGGGAGCUUAUUCAAUUCAACACUGUUGAGCAGUAUUAAUUUGAAGAAAUUAGGCUUGUGGGAGAGCAGUGCCAUUGGUUCUGUAAAACCUUUCUCCUUAGUUAACAGGCAAGCUGGACUUGCUUCGGAGGGAACCCUUUCAAAAUAUUCCCACUAAUAAGCUGUUGGCAAUAACAUUCUAGCACAAUUUGCAGAGCCUAGUUGCAUAUAUUCAGACAGCCUUCUCUGCCAUCUGAAUGCAUGAUGGGUACCACAGAAAAGACCUUCUCAUUCUUGGUGCCUCAAUGGUAGAAUGCUUUGAGGGAGGCUUGACUGGCCCCUGUUCUAAUGCUUUUUAUCUCAGGCCUUUUCAUUUGAUAUUGUUGUAGGUUUGUUUGUUUUAUUCUGCUCCUAGCAGUUUUACUGUACAGUAUGUUUAGUUUGAUUGUGCUUUAAAAUUUCAUA